CAAAUAUGGCGGACGUGGACUACGUCUUCAAAGUUCUWAUUCUUGGUGAAGUCCAUGUUGGAAAGUCGAGCUUAAUACGACGGUAUCAUGAARAUACUUUUGAUCAUAAGCUUUGUACAACUGUUGGAGUAGACUUUUUUGUGCAUGAUUUGGAAUUSAACGGCAAAAAAGUCCAGYUACACUUAUGGGAUACAGCAGGCCAGGAGAGGUAUAAAACCAUGACAACGUCAUAUUUUCGUGGUGCUCAAGGGGCUCUCAUUGUGUUUGAUUUGACAUCCAAGUCAUCUUUGCAGUCAAUCAAGGAAUAUUGGCUAAAAGAGUUUCAUAGGAUAAGUGGUUCUGAGGCAAUUGUAAUUAUAGUUGGGAACAAAAGUGACAAAGAAGAAGAAAGAACAAUUUUAAAUGAAGAGAUUAAGGAGUUCUGUGACCUCUACAGCUUAAGUUGGAUAGAAACAAGUGCUAAAUCUAGUACAAAUGUCAAGGAAACUUUUGAAGCAUUAGCAAAGAAAAUGGUAGAAAAUUAUGAGGAAGUCCAGUCACUCCCUCCCUCCUACUACAGUGGACCAGGCAGUUUUACUUUACAUGGAGCAUAUGGUGUCCCAGAGCAGUCAAGCAGCUACUGGAGCUACUGUGGCUGUACAUAGUAUCAUUCUUUGUUCAAGCUU